UGGAGAUGGACUUACAGGCUUGCUAGAGAGAGAGAGAGAGAGAGAGAGAGAGAGAGAGUAAUAACCCUGUGCACAUACUGUAGGGAUUUGGGGUUCUACAUGAUUAAUUGAGCAUGCUGUUCUCCACCGGCUGAUGGACAAAAAAAAAUGCACAGUUAGGGCAAGAAUGUGAAAUGGACGCGCGCGCAUGGCACAAGAUGUACGUUUUUUUUUGUUUCGCUUUGUUUUAAGCAAUAGAAGACUUUAAAUGAUUACAAUCCCAGCUUAUUUUAGGCUGAUACUCAUACAUCAGUAAACGUUUCAGUGGUGUUAUUCGUUGUAAGUGGUGCGAAGUGUCAUGGCACGCGCGCAAAAAGGGGCCAGAAAUGAACGCGUGACUGAUUUGUAAAGAAAGAGCUGCACAUUGAGCUGAACUGAACUGAACUGGACUGGACGGCGUUCUGUAGGUCAUGAUGCUCGGCCAGUCUCCACAUCUUGUUGGGGGAAUUCUCUGGAUUCAGAACCCCAUGCGAGCUGUCCACUGCAACCUGAGUCAGAAUGGGAUCGAUCACCAGGUGUGUAUGGCGGAUGCGAGCUCACACGUGGAAGAGGAGUGUGUAGAUCAUGGUCCAGGACUGCAUGAUGACAGCUCAGGCUUUCAGCAGCACAGUCCUGGUUUCCAGCGCUGUGCUCCACCACAACGCUCCGUCUCUGAAUCUGAACUCUCCAAGUCAGGGACGGUGAAACUGUCCAAACCGGUGGCUUUGUGGACUCAGCAGGAUGUGUGUAAGUGGCUGAAGAAGCACUGUCCAAAUCAGCAUCAAGUCUACAGUGAUGCCUUCAAACAGCACGAUAUUACAGGUCGGGCUUUGAUGAGGCUGACAGACAGGAAGCUGGAGAGGAUGGGGAUCAUGCAGGAGAGCCAGAGACAGUACAUCCUGCAACAAGUCCUGCAGCUCCGUGUCAGAGAGGAGGUCCGCACCCUGCAGCUCCUCACACAAGCCUCUUUGGAGAGCUCUCCAUAACCCGAGCAGUCCCAGAGACCCGCCAGUGGUGACCCUCCGAGCGUCUUCUCAAACGUUGGCAGCACACACCAGCCUUCCAGCCCAAAACUGAGUCGCCUCAAGCCCCGGAUCAUACCCUUGUGUCUUAGGAUGUUUAUCUUUCCCUUUUCUCUUUCCCUUUCCCCUACCUAUACACCCUUCCCACCUAAAUCCCAACCUUUAAGUCCUCUUCUUCUUCUCCUUCUUCUUCUUCUUCUUCUUCUUCUUCCUGUGCCAAGUGGAACGUCUCUGAAUUGGACCACAGAUAUUCUUCCUGCUAAAAGGACAAUUGGCAUUGAGAGACUAAUUGGCCAAUCAGCCCAUUCACUGUAUGUUAUCUUAAGUGUAGCACUUUACCUUUCCUGUAGUGAGUGUGUUAGCUACACUCUUCAGACUAGCAUAAUAUUCAGGCACGCACAUUAGACCUUCUAGUCGCAGCAGUAGGGCUACUGGUCACUUUUUUCUACUUUUUUUUCUUACUCUGUAUCUGUUUUCCCGAUUUCGCCCUCUUUACUCUAUAGAAGGACUGCGUAGAGACAUUUUGCACAUCUGUCUAUUAUCUGUGCCUCGUGUUUAUUCCAAUGAGUCUCUUAUUGUCUCUUACUGUUACGCUGAACCGUACGUCGUGGGCUUGUUCCUUUCUUCAGUCUGUUUUUUUUUUUCCUACGCCGCAGAUCCUUCCGCUCGUCCUUUCCUUAAUCUGAACUACACUGUGACUCUGACCAGCUGUCUUAACGUGGCAGAUGCCACCUUAUCUACUCUCCUGCACUCCAACCCCUUCAAAUCAAGGCAGCCUCCAUGCUUUGCAGGAUUCAAAACAAAAUAGAACAUGAGAAAUAAGGAGAAAGGGCGGUCAUUACACUAAAAGUCAGGCAAAACAUUAUACACGUUUAUUAAACGACAGCACAUGAUGUCUGUUUCGGGUGUCUGAUCUGAGAACAGCGAGAGAACUUUGCUGGGAAAAUGGACGGUAUGUUUUCUCACGGGGGGGAAGAGAAAAAGAAUCCUUGAAAAUAACAGAUGACGUCCUCUCCUGAAGACUCGGGCUCGUCCUGGCCCUGGAGGAAAAACAUACAUUUUUUUUUAAAAAAGAGAGAGAAGAAGAAGGAAUCUAGCUAUGAAACAGUGCUAUUAAAGUGUUACAAAGAGCGAGCGUUAUGUCAGGGGAGAAAAGGAUGUUGUACGGAAAAGGAUGUCAUCACAAAUUUGUCGUUCUCUGUCGCAGUGUGAAAUGGCCGUGCACUGUUACCUUUAUUACUACGAAGCACACGACUGAACAGACAUCGCUUAGUCAUUUUUAUUUAUCUUAAACCUUCAAUCAUCAGAAAAGUCCACAUGAUACUGUAUAUCAGCUUAAAAAAAAGCAAAAAAUAUAACCAUUUUUUCUAACUGUAGCAUGACACAGCACGUGACUAGCCUUCCAAAUAGUUUAAGCAGAAAUUUUGUGAAAGAUGAGUUCUAGUUUGGGAAAAUGAAAGGUUACAUAAAGUCAAGGCAUGAUCUAAAAGUGGGAGAUUGCAGCAGAUUGAACGCUAUCGAUUAGACCGUAUUGUAUCAGUCAACCACUAGGACAGUGAUGGUGUGGAGAAUCACAGAGGAAAGGCAUGUUUCGGUUAAACCACUGGACGGCAUUUCAUGGCUGGAUGAAGCCACUGUCUGGUACACGGGAGAACACUUUUAGAAAUGGGUUUUGUGACGGUGGAAAUGUUGUGUAGUAAUAGAAUAGCGAGUGAGGCAUAUAAUUAAUCUUUCGUCUGCGAGAUCUUAACAGGCUUUAUGAAAGUUGCAUGGUUGGUGAAGUAUUACAGGGAAAUAGACGGGUAAUAUUUAUUUACAUAUCAUUUGCCUCUACUGUGAGAUGAGCACUGAAAACUGACACCAUACUUCUAUUACUACUAUUAUUCAAUCUUGAUUAGUGGUUUCGACCUCAAGUUUGAAAUCGCUACGUUUCGCUGACCGUACAGCGCGAGUCGGUCAUAAAUGUCUCACUUAUUGAUAGUGAAUUUUGUCUGAGUCCUUUUUUAGGCAUUUUCAGCCUUUUUCUAGUUUCAAAAAAAUGGUCCUUGAUAGCUGAAAGAGUGCUUGCAGAAGAAGAACCAUUUUAGAAAAUGAUUUGAUGACCUCUGGAAAAUUUGACAGCUAAUGUUCCAUGAUAUUACAAAAUGUCAAAAUGGGAAAGAUGGUCAGAGAGAACAGAGUGAUUCUGUGCUGAACUUUUGAAAUGGUUAAGGAAGAGUUGUUAAAGUUCUUGAAGAUGGCUGCAGCUAAGGACCGUAGGCGUAUGACGGUUUGGUUUAGUUUUCCAAAAAGAACAAAGGAUGGAGAUUGAAGUAAGUGGAGCAACAUACCUCGGAAUAGAUGUUUCAUAUGUACCUCAACUUUCUUUUUACCUUUGAGCUGAAAGCCCAUUCACAGUAAUGAAAUAAGUAUCAUGUCUCAGAGGUAGAGAGCUGAUCUCUGUCAGGUCCAUUUAGUCCGUGUGAUGGUGUUUAUUAGGAUUUAAAGAUUUUAUUUUGGAACUACUAACCGCAAAGCGUCUUGGUGUGCUAAACUAGGGUGAUAUUUUUCCUCUGCUUGUGACGUGCUGUGAAAAGCCUGAAAUAAAAAUGAUGAUUAUGAGGAAAUGGAGUAUUGAUGGUACUAUCAACUCAUUGAUCUGCUGCGUUAAGUGGCAUCUAGGGCAACAUCUGAAUCACGGCUGCUGCUUACAGAGUGACACGGAUAUUCUGAUGAAAGAACCUUACGUCUGAUUGAACACUCAGACAUACUGCACUUACAUGCAUGCUAACAUUUGCAUUGGAAUAUUUUGUACUUUCUUUGCUGAUAUUAUGCGUUAUACAUUGUUGGUUAUGCCAGUGUUGCACAAACCAGCCCGGGGCUGUUCGACUGAAAUUCCCAGUCCAGGUCCUUGUUAGCAGAGGUCCGGAUAAGCAACGACUGACUUAAUGGCGACGACGGUAGCCUUUUAAUUUUGAACCGUUAAUAAUUCAUCACAGAAGAAGACAAAUGAAAUGGAAAAAUCUAGAAAUGGAAAAGUCAGUCACUGGUUCACUGCCUUCUGCAUGUGCUUGGAUAAAUCUCAACAGAGGAUCUACUCCAGAAGCCAUGCUGAGUGUUUUCUGAUGUUAAUCGGUUCAACUACUCGAUUCAGUCCACUGAAAUACUUUGCUAGACUUCCAGUUGAUGGCCCCUCCUCCAGAUGGUUGACAUUUUUGCUCUUCUAGCUCAUAGCACAGUUGAACCAACACUAUGACCUGCUUUUGUGCCUUCCUGCAUUUAUGUACCUUGGUGUACAUUAUAGUCUUCUGUACUUUAUAAUUAUGAAUUCAUAUAAUGAUUAAGACACUCGGGGUGUGACAUACAAGAGCCGUGUCUAAAUCAUCUCUCAAAUCUGUCAGAAGUACUAUAGCUAAAACAAAAUCUAUAUACAACACACACAUUAUAGAUAGAUAGAUGGAUAGACAGACAGACAGAUAGAUAGGUGGGUGGGUGGGUCAGACGGGCAGUUUGGCUGGACAGAUGGGUGGACGGACAGACAGAGACAGACAGACAGGCAGAUAGAUAGAUAGAUAGAUAGAUAGAUAGAUAGAUAGAUAGAUAGAUAGAUAGAUAGAUAGAUAGAUAGAUAGAUCGGUGGGUCUGUGGGUUGGUGGGCUCUUAGGUGGAUGGAUGGAUGGAUAGAUAGAUAUAUGUGUGUAUACAGAUAGAUAGAUAGAUAGAUAGAUAGAUAGAUAGAUAGAUAGAUAGAUAGAUAGAUAGAUAGAUAGAUAGAUAGAUAGAUAGAUCGGUGGGGUCUGUGGGUUGAUGGGCUCUUAGGUGGAUAGAUGGAUGGAUGGAUGGAUAGAUAUAUAUAUAUAUAUGUAGAUAGAUAGAUAGAUAGAUAGAUAGAUAGAUAGAUAGAUAGAUAGAUAGAUAGAUAGAUAGAUAGAUAGAUAGAUAGAUCGGUGGGGUCUGUGGGUUGAUGGGCUCUUAGGUGGAUAGAUGGAUGGAUGGAUGGAUGGAUAGAUAUAUAUAUAUAUAUAUGUAGAUAGAUAGAUAGAUAGAUAGAUAGAUCGAUAUGUAGAUAGAUAGAUAGAUAGAUAGAUAGAUAGAUAGAUAGAUAGAUAGAUCUGUUUUCCCUGUAUUGUAAGCAUCAGCACUUUACUGGUUUGUCUCGAAUCUGAAGCAGUAGUAAGUGUGAGUUCUCUCCUCCUGCACAAUCAAUAGAAAAGCAUUAGUUCUCUAAAGGCAGUGGAUCAUUUUGUCCCACCAAUGGGAGGAAAAAUGCAAACCAUCUGGGGCCCUGGUACUGGUUUGAGAAACAACACUGCAUAAUGCAUUCUCUCUCUCUCUCUCUCUCUCUCUCUCUCUCUCUCUCUCUACAUUUGCAUACAUGGCUGAAAACAACAGUUUGAUUUCUGCCAUUUUGUAGCAUGUUGCGUUAUUCUUUUCUGCUCUGGUGUAUGAAACAGGCAUGCAGACCAGACCUUUAGAGCCCUGACUUUCCUCCAUAUACAUAUAUUGUGCCUAAUGAUGGAU